AUGAUAUGGUACCUCUUGUACCCUCUGCGAGGAACAACAGAGGCCCCCGUCCUGCCUCCGACCCAUCCUCUCUACAGCCUCCCGGCGCGCUAUGGCCGCUAUGCUGCUCGCCACGUCGUCACCACCCUGCUCAUAUCCGCCGCCGUCGCCACCAUCCUCAUCUACCCCAUCCCCUUUCUCUUCACCAGUGACUUCAUCAACGCCGCGUCAAACCUUCCCCACCAUGUCUGGACCGUCGCCCAGCCGUUGUCCUACCGGGCCGCUGCCGAGCCCGACAUCAUCAUGCGCUCAAUAUGGGUCCACGCCGGGUACAUGGAGGCCCUCAACACCGACCUCCUCAUGUCCGCUCUCGACCUGCAAGACGAGCUGCUUGGCAUGACCAAAAACUUUCGUCCAGCAACUGCCCGUGGCGUCCAUGUCGGCGACGUGCACGACGGCGCCUUGACCUUGACUCAGAGGGAUGCCUUCCACGUCGCCAACGGUCUGACUAACCAGUCGUGGUUCUUCCACUCGCCCUUGCUCUACUGGCGCUGCUCUCGCGAGAGGAUCCUCGCCGACCCAGACAUCCUCGUGACCAUCAACGACAAGAAGAACCAGUCUACCUCUGCCAAUGUCACCCUCCGCCACUCCAUUGUUUUCAGUGGCAAGCGCUUCGAGGAUCGCCGCGUCGUUGCGGCUGACGCCCUCGUCAUCACGCUUCUCCACCUCCGCGACUCUCCCAUCGGCCGCCAGUGGGAAAGCAGGGCGCUCGGUCUGCCCCAGAAAGUAGGAGACAAGUGGAACAUUUACCCCAGUGACGGGCAUGCCACCCGCAGCCAGCUCUACGAAUUCCAAUUCCGCCCAAUAUCGAUGCAGGACAUGGCCAGCCUCGCCAUUGCGUACGGGCUGACCUUCCUGUACUUCCUCGUGAGCUUGUCUAAGCUCAUGGCUGUCAAGUCCAAGUUUGGUCUCAUGGUAACCAUCGCGACGCAAAUCUUUUUUGCCACCAUGUCCAGCUUCACCGUCUGCGCCAUCUUCAACAUCGACCUCUCUCGUAUCCCCCGCGCCGCCUAUCCGGUGGUCAUCCUCGCCAUGAGCCUUGAACACAUCUUUAGGCUCAUCAACGCCGUCAUCCUCACCCCCUUCGAGGACAGUGUCAGCAACCGCAUUGGACAGGCCUUUGGCCAGACCGCCUACACAGCCUUGGCCACCACCCUCCAGAACGUUGUGAUACUUACAGUCCUGUCCCGACUGGUAUCUCAAGGCGUGUCCGAGUUCUGUGUCUUUGCGGCUAUCGCCAUCGUCUUCGACUUUUUCUACCUUUGUACUUUCUUCUUGGCCGUGCUGAGCGUCGAUGUGCGCAGAAUGGAGCUCGGCGACGCUCUUACCAAGGCCACCAUGAGGCAUAAUCGCAGAGUCGGUGAGAGUCGCAGUUGCCGAUCGUGGUUGGAUCGCAUGCUCCAGGGCAGGGUCGCCAUGUCGACGCGCAUUGCCGGUACCAUCGUCAUGUUUGGAUUUGUCCUCAUUGCCCAGUGGCACUUCUUCGGCGACGAGGGGCUGUUCAAAAAGCUCAUUGGGUCGUGGACCGGGUCCGAUCUCCAUGUCGAGGACCCAGAGUCGUCUUUGCUUGAGGACAUACAUCAGGCGAGAAGCCCCAGAUCGUGGCUGAGGAUGCAAGAUCACGAGACGGCUCAGGAGGUUAUCAACAUCAUCAAGCCAUCAUCCUACAGCUACACGGCGCGCGUAUAUGAACCCCUCGUCUUCGUCCUGAAGGGCUCGGACCGCACACCGCGUUCCAAGGAGCCGACCUUACUCCCCGCCGCCUACGACUUUAUUCACCAUGAGCUGGCUCGCUUCGUCGUCAUUGUCGUCGUAGUGGUGGCAGCCCUGCGACUCUUGACCAACUACCUCUUGUGGGAGGAUGAGGAUGACCGUGAGUCCAAUGCCGGCCCCAUGAUGUCGGUCAAGUCUCUCGCCCAAGGUCAUCGGUUAGACAUUGUCUCAAUGACGAGCUCGAAUGACGGGCACAUCGUGUCGAGGUGA